AUGAAUACCAUAAAAAGAGUAAUUAUAGACACAAAUACCUAUCUAAGCUAACUAUAUUUUACCCUUUUUUAAGGACUCAUUUAACUCAAUUAUUAGAAAAAAGAAUGGGUACAAACGAGGCAAAAAUGAGCCCUAUAAAAGGCUGGAAAUCCACCAUAGUAUCAAACUUUGUGCAGUGCAGUUAAAGCGUGUUGCAUCAAGUUAUUUCACCAUUUCAAUAAAUUAAUAAAAUGAUUGAUGAAAAUAUACCAAAAUCAGAUGUGUAUUCUGACCCAUGGAAUGCUAUUGCUGCCUGGUUUCUUGGACCACGAGCAGAAAACAGAGAAUCUUUAAAUCGUCUUGUUUUAAGCACAUUAAAUUUUUAUGAAGAUUGCAGAGAGAAUUAUUAUCCUGCUGAUCCAUGUUACAUCACUGAAGAAGUCAAAGCAUCUCCUGGAUUUCGUGGUGAAUUAAAAGAUUUAGAAAAGAAGUUAGGAGAGCUUAAUAAUGAAUUGACAGAUUCCAUUCCUUUCUAUAGUACAAGAUAUCAGGGGCACAUGACAUGGGAAACAACAAUGCCAGCUACUCUUGGGUAUUUUGCUGGAAUGUUAUGGAAUCAAAAUAAUGUUGAUUCUACAGCAUCUCCUGUAACUACUCAAAUGGAAAUUUUGGUGGGAAAACAUUUAUGUGAUCUCAUACAAUUUCCAAAAAAUGACCCUGCACCAUGGGCACACAUAACUAGCUGUGGCUCUGUUGCAAACAUUGAAGCUUUAUGGUCAGCAAGAAAUCUAAAGUUUCAUCCAUUGGCUAUCAAGGCUUGUGUUAUGGAUGUAGAUGCAGACCCUAAAUUACAAGCUGGUGCCAAUAUGCCAAUUUACUUGGCCGAGUUGGGCAAGGCUAUUCCUCUUCAAGAAUGUAGUCAAUGGCAACUUUUGAACUUGGAUGUUGACACAGUUUGCAAUCUUACAUCUAAUUUAAAAAAGUUUUGUAAUCUUGAAAACACUGAAUUGAUUGACUCUGCACUCAAGAAACAUUCAGUUGUUUCCAUUGGGCUAGGUAGCUUCAUGCAAAGGCAACAACUUGCAAACUCUCCUGUUAUUUUUUGUCCUGGAACAUGCCAUUAUUCAUAUCCCAAAGCAGCUACAAUUCUGGGGUUAGGCGAUCAAAGUAUAAUUCCUCUCGAGGUAGAUCGUUACUGCAGAGUUAAGAUGGAAGUACUGAGAAGUAAGUUGGAGCGCCAUUUAGAAUUAAAGAUUCCUAUUAUUACAGUUGUGGCAGUUAUUGGUUCAACUGAAGAAAGUGCUAUUGAUCCAAUUGCUGAGAUGUUUGCCAUGAGAGCAGAAUUUCAGAAACGAGGUCUGAGUUUUACAAUUCAUGCUGAUGCAGCCUGGGGAGGGUACUUGCUCACAAUGAUACGUGAUGCAAGUGCUGAUCGAUUAAUGAAGCUGGAGUACCUUGGUGAAAGCUUUGUUCCUGAAAUUCCAUUAUCAGAAUAUGCUACUAAUCAAUAUCAAUCUGUGAAAUCGGCAGAUACAGUUACCAUUGAUCCUCACAAAAGUGGUUUUUGUCAAUACCCUGCUGGUGCUUUGGCUUAUCGAAACGGUGUAAUGAAAGGAUUUAUCACAUUACAAGCUCCAGAAGUUUUUCACAGUGAAGAUGAUAUUUCUGUUGGUGUUUAUGGCUUGGAAGGUUCAAAGCCUGGUGCUGCUGCUGCUGGAGUGUUGCUAGCACACAGGGUUCUUGGUCUAGAUAAAACAGGAUUAGGUCGUAUAUUAGGACAAUGUCAACUUGGUGCAAAGUUAUUCUACUGUAUGUGGAUGACUGUUGCAAGAGACUAUGAUGAUUUUAUUUGCUUAAAUUUAAUUGAUCUUCCUGAAGGUUGCGAUACUAAUAAAGCAAUAAAAUUGAUAAAAGAGAAAAUUUUGGGUAAAGACAACAAAGAAUUGGUUAAGGAUAAUGAUGUAAUGAAUUUUCUUGCAAAAGUUGGACCUGAUGCUUUGAUUAAUACCUUUACUGUAAAUAUAAAGGGUAAUAGUAAAAAUGUUUUGUGCAACCAACUUCAAGACAUUAUUUUUAGCGAGUUAAAUGGAACGGUUGGUAAAUCCUCAAAACGUGUGCCAUUGUUUCUUACAAAAUCAGAGCUGGAAGAAGAAAAAUAUGGAGAGGCCUUUCGUCAAUUUAAAACCCGUCUCGGUUUAAGUGACCCCUUAAAAAUUAAUUUUCUACGAAACACUGCGAUGAAUCCAUUCCAAGCAAGCGAGGCUUAUGUUACAGAAAUUUCAAAGUUGUUCAGAAACUGUAUCAUGAAUAGUAUUGGAGGAUUAAAAAGUUCAUAUGGUGAUGUCCCAACUCAUCAUCGUUUUAUUGUAAGUGGCAAAAUGAUUGAUGAUGAAAAUAAAGUAUUCCUUGAUUAUAUUCCAACAUUUGCUAAUAAAUCUCACCAGUAUAAUGUUGUUUUAACAAUGAAAGCUGUCGAUGAAACUGAAAAAAUCAAAUUUAUAGAAAGUUGCAAUACUGAUUCAACAUAUGUAUGCAAGACAAAAUAUGAAACAACUAUAAUGGAUUUUUUGCGUAAGACAACAGAAAAUGGGAUUUCAAUGGAGCUUUACAAAUAUGGCGCUGAGGGUACUGUUUUGUGCACAGUUAAUCUCAUAGUAGACGAAGUUUUUCGCUAUGAACACUUAGAGGAUCUAAAAUCUGCAAAUUUCAUAGAGUAUCCAACAUACCAGAAAUACUUUUUAUAUGGAGACAAGAAGCGUGCAUUUAUUUCACAUGUGAUCACUAAGUGUAAAGAUUUUCAUCAGGUUGUGGAACUCGAUCAAAUUCCUCACAGCGUUCCAGAAGUCAUUUUAGAUAUGGGGACCAUCAUCACUAUUCCAGAUAUAUCUGGAAGCCCGUUAUAUUUGGGAGACAAAAUUUCAGAUCCAUUGCAAGGUGACAAUUACGUUGUAGAGUUUAAAGGCAAACAACAUAUUGAUUGCAAGACGACCAUUAGAUUUCAGAAAGCAACGGCAAAGAAAUAUUUUGAUUUUGAAUAUCUUAACACUACCAAUUGAAAAAUGUUUUUUUAUUUUUUGUAUCUUAUGUUUUGCCGUUUGAGUUAGAAAAUAAAAAUUGUUUUAAA